UUCUUCCGGGUGGGGCCCCGGGCCGAGGCGAUGGCGCCCUGGGCGCUCCUCAGCCCUGGCGUCCUGGUGCGGAGCGGGCACACCGUGCUGACCUGGGGGAUCACGCUGGUGCUCUUCCUGCACGAUACCGAGCUGCGGCAAUGGGAAGAGCAGGGGGAGCUGCUCCUGCCUCUCACCUUCUUGCUCCUGGUGCUGGGCUCCUUGCUGCUCUACCUGGCCGUGUCACUCAUGGACCCAGGCUACGUGAAUGUUCAGCCCCAGCCCCAGGAGGACCCUAGGGAGGAACAGACAGCCAUGGUUCCUCAGGUGAUCCCUCUUCGGCGCUGCAGAUACUGCCUGGUGCUGCAGCCUCUGCGGGCCCGGCACUGCCGUGAGUGCCGCCGCUGCGUCCGCCGCUACGACCACCACUGCCCCUGGAUGGAGAACUGUGUGGGGGAACGCAACCACCCGCUCUUCGUGGUCUACCUGGCGCUGCAGCUGGUGGUGCUUCUGUGGGGCCUAUACCUGGCAUGGUCAGGCCUCCGGUUCUUCCAGCCCUGGGGGCUGUGGCUGCGGUCCAGCGGGCUCCUGUUCGCCACCUUCCUGCUGCUGUCUCUCUUCACGUUGGUGGCCGGCCUGCUCCUGGCCUCACACGUCUACCUGGUGGCCAGCAACACCACCACCUGGGAGUUCAUGUCCUCACACCGCAUAGGCUACCUCCGCCAGCGCCCCGGCAACCCCUUUGACCUCGGCCUGACCCGCAACCUGGCCCACUUCUUCUGCGGGUGGCCCUCGGGGUCCUGGGAGACCCUCUGGGCUGAGGAAGAAGAGGAGGGCAGCAGCCCAGCUGUUUAGGCUCACUAGAGGCAGGGCAGCUAUCUCGUGCCUGAAAACCAGAGGGGCUAUACCUGCUGGGGGCGGCUCUUCGGGGCCUGGGGCUGUUCACUCCUGCCGUCCUCCAGGCCUCAGAGCGGGGCUCCAAGACGGAAUCCCCACCUAUAGGCAGCUCCGCCUUCCACAGGAAGAAGGGGAGGAAGAGGACCUGUGGGAGACACAGGCCCAAACAGACCCUGGCUCCCCUCAACCCCAGGCCAGGCUGCCUCCAAGCACAGUUUUACAAGUUUAAUAAUCCAUAAAGCAAGUCAAGUAUUAAAAAGACAAA